GGUCGUCCUUCGUCUCCAUUAUCAUCUGACCCCAGGAGCACGGCUACACAAUGCAGCCUCUUGAGGAAGCCUUCGUCAAGGUCUCGUUCCACGAAGAACAGAAUGCACCAUCUGGCAUCGACGACCCGGUGUACCAGCAGUGGAUCGUGGAGAACGCGUCGAGUACGCGCGAGUCUCCAAUAUUGUUUGGUGAACGAACGCUCCGGGAGCUCUAUCCCGACCAUUCUAUCGUCAUGACGGAGCAGUCGCUGCUCCUCGGCUUCCCGGGUGCUCUCAUCCAACCCCUCGAGACGUCGUCUCUGAUUGCGAACACGCUCUUCAUACCUAUGGCCAGGCGCACGGGAGUUCCUGGCGCAUUACUCGAUCAGAUCGAAUUCACGGCGCUACGCUUGGCCUGGGAUAGCUAUGAUUUCCUCGUCUACAUCCUCAAGUAUCCCAAACCGCUGUGGGGCUGGGUUUCUCAGCACUUCAUCUUGCACAAAGGUUCGGAAACACCUUCCCGUCAACUUUUGCUAGCCGCCGGCGCAUUCAGCCAGGAGGUACAUAACGAAGUCUGGAUGUUCCAGAACGGGUUUUGGAGCCGGAACGUCGCACUGUAUGAGGAGAUGCAGAAGGCUAACUGGGACGAUGUCAUCCUCAAUCACGAGUUCAAGGAUGGGCUCAAGAAGGAUGUGUACGGCUUCUUCCGCAACGAGAAGAUCUACAAGGAUCUCGCGAUUCCGUGGAAGCGGGGCCUGAUCAUGUAUGGUCCUCCUGGCAACGGCAAGACAAUCAGUCUGAAGGCUAUCAUGAAGGACUGCAACGAAAAGGGCUAUCUACCACUUUAUGUUAAAUCCUUCAAGAGUUGGAUGGGCGAAGAGAACUCCAUGGCCGAAUGCUUCCGCAAGGCUAGGGAAUUGGCGCCGUGCUGUCUUAUUCUCGAAGACUUGGACUCGCUCAUCAACAACGACAAUCGCUCGUUUUUCCUCAACCAACUGGACGGCCUAGAGGGGAAUGAUGGUAUCCUAGUCAUCGGCACCACGAACCAUCUUGACCAGCUCGAUCCGGCGUUGACUACUCGUCCGAGCCGAUUCGACAGGAAAUAUGACUUCAAGGAUCCAGAGAAGGACGAACGUGCUCUCUACUGCAAGUACUGGCAAAGCAAGCUUGCUUCUAGCAAAUCGAUCAGUUUCCCGGAUUCGCUCGUCACGGAGAUCGCUGAGGAAACGGACCGAUUCAGCUUUGCAUACCUGAAGGAAGCAUUUGUCUCUACCCUUGUUCUCAUGGCCACAGCAGCUGAAGAUGGAAAGAAGCUCGAUUUUGAGCCCACGAUCAAGAGCACUAUCAAGACCCUUCGCAAACAGCUCAACAAACCGCAGAACCUUGUGGGCAGCGUCUCCAUGGGCCGCAUCUUUGCGCCACAGACCUCUCGCCCUGCUGAAUCAUCAGGACUCGGACCUCUGCCUCCGAAGACCAGCAACGCUGAGAACACACUGGAUCUUCAUGCUCGUGCCCAGGCGGCUAUCGCCAUGGGCCGGUCAUAUAUUUACUGAUAUGAUCUCACCUUGUCUUUGCCGUCAGUAUGGCAUGUCUUGGAUUUCAGCAAAAUCGCAUGAUUUGUCUUGCUAGUCUUCGAUGACUCUUUCAUAGCGGACGAACUUCUGUCUGUCAGACAGAGUUGUGGCAUGAAUCAUCGCAUCUAUGCGUUCAAUAAAAUAUAUGAUAUGGGAAGCAUCGUAGGCUCGGGGAGAUCUCACU